CUACCCUCUCGUCGUCAAUGCGGACUCUCUUCUGUUCGUACUCUAUCCGGGUUUGAGGCUACGUCUCAUUUCAUCGCCCGAUCGUUUGAUCGAUCUUAUCGAAACAGAGAAAACAAUUCUCAGAAUCUGAGAGGCUUUUGAAAAUUUUGAGGAGGCAAAUAAUGGAUGCUGUAGCUUCUGAUCAAGCCACGAGCAUCUGCAGCCACUGUGACAGGGCAAUUCCCUCUUCAAACCUUGAUUUGCAUUUCGCUCACUGCUCUCGGAAUCUAGAAAAAUGUAAAACUUGUGGUGAUAUGGUUCCUAAGAAACAUGCCGAGGAGCAUUUCUUAACCACUCAUGCUCCAGUUUCUUGCUCCUUGUGCAGCGAGACAAUGGAACGUGAAGUUUUAGCUGUUCAUAAAGGGGAAAAUUGCCCAAAAAGAAUUGUUACUUGCGAGUACUGCGAGUUUCCUUUACCUGCAAUCGAUUUGUAUAAGCAUCAGGAAGUAUGUGGGAACCGUACAGAGCUUUGUCAUCUCUGUAGUAGAUACAUCAGACUAUGCGAAAGGAAUGCCCAUGAGAGCAGAUGCAAUGGAAUAGCAGAUAAUGUUGCAGAAUCUUCCAGGAACACAAGGGCAGUAGAAAGAGAACCUGAUAUUCCAAGAAGGCAUCCAAACGAGUUUUCAAAGAGGCGCCUUCUGUUUACCAUCGCAAUAACAGGAAUUGCUGUUUUGUUAGGGUCACUUCUUUUCCAGAGGAAAGCCGAGCACUCUCAAUUACAUUAGGAAUCCAUGGUGCUUGAAUAUGGUCCAUCAACUGAUAUUUCAGUCAGCUGGACUUUCUUACUACCAAAUGAAGUUGUUGCAGUGGCUUCCUGCACAAUUGUGUACUUCAUAAUUAUCUUCAUGUUUUGUACAAGUCAUGCAAAAACAAUUUCCAGUAUGAGAUGAGUUUCAUGAUUAACGGGUGUAUGUAAAAUUGGAGUCAAUUAUGGUUGUAAUCAGAUUCGUUUGUCAAUAAUGGCCCAAUCUGGGUUAAUUUCAUCUCUUAGA